GACGCUAGGAGCUGUCCGCGGUGCUGAAGCCUGCGCGCUGCCUCGUCUCUCCAUGUGCCGACUGCUCUCACAGACAGACGGAAAUCCGCGCACCGAGCGUCCAAAUUAAUAAAGGGACCUCCGCAUUUCACUUGAUAAUUAUCGACUGUCUUCACACUGCGAAUAUCAGAGGAAGUGCCCUCGGCGGACCGCGCGACUCAGUUUAUGGUGUUGUUGUUUUUUUUGGCGUACGACUGAAUUCCUUUUCGCUUUCCUUUGUUUUUCUUAAGCCCUGGAAGUAUUCUUUCUCAACACGAGGACGUGCUCUGCAGCUACGCGAGGAGCGACCUCCACUUGAGGAGACAUGUGUGUGAGACAGGACUGCCAAUUGAGGACCCUCUUCGCGGCGCUGGUCCUCGCCGCCGCCGUGGCCGACAUCCACGGGCAAGCGCCAAAGGAAAACAACGGCAUCAGUAAGAGGACACUGGACCCAGACAGGGACUUGUCAACACAGGAUACGGAGAGCGAAGUCCACUCCGUCACCACCGUCUCGCCAAUGAACAUCCCCAACCACCGGCCUGUUCUCAAGGGCCUGCUGCUUCACGAGCACCUACUUACAAGGGAUUUCCAGGAGGACCAACACUUUUUUAAGAGGGAUGGCUCUGUGUCUGCAUAUUCCACCAUGCCAGGCUCUCGAUCUGCCUCAGAUGCAGAGGACCCUGUCACUCAGCUGGUGCCCCACAAGGAUGCCCCAGCAUUUUCAGACAUUGCCACCACUGCCACUGUGGCGGCCACCUCCCCACUGACCACAUUUUCUCCCUCAACACCAAGGCCACCCAUGUCUGUCCCUCAAAAGAAGUCCUCAAAGACAAGGGGGGCGGACAAGGUAGAGCCAACAACAGACUCCUUCACCACUCAAGUGACACCAAAUAAUAGAGACUCAGUGGCGUCCAUAUCAUCGCAGAGGAGUCAGCCUCAAAUCUGGAGUGCGCCUCCCGUAGAAGCAACCCCGGCCCCCUCCUCGAUGCGAAUGGAGGAAGGAGAAGCGAGUGAAGCCACGCUGAAAAAGAAAACAAGCCCCGAUCAUCGACUCCCCAACUUAACUUCCCGAGAGAAAGGUGCCAAUACGACGUCCACAACCGUAAUCACCACCAUCACCACAAUGCAGACAGCAGAGCCAUGCAGCCUGAAUUUCACUGACCCCGAGGGCAACAUCGAAAUCCUGCAGCAGCUUGACUCUGGAGCGGAGUGUAACUACCUGGUUACGGUCUACCUGGGAUAUGGCAUUGAGGUUCAGGUGCUAAAUGUGAGUUCGCUGGAGGGAGAGCAGGUAACAGUGGAGGACACGGGUGGCCGGGAACCCUUCAUCCUCGCCAAUGGGUCAGUCUUGAUGAGGGGCCUCGUACUGCGCAGCUGGAGCAAUCAGAUCUCCAUCCGAUUUCGUAGUGUCCAACAGCACAACUUUGGAUCUCUCCUGCUGCAUUACCAAGCCUUUGUGCUGAGCUGUGCCUUCCCCAAAGAGCCGGCGAGUGGAGAGGUUUCCGUGACGCACCUGCACCCGGGCGGAGAAGCCGACUUUCGCUGUUUCACCGGCUACAAGCUGCAAGGCCCCAAAAUGCUCACCUGUCGCAAUGCAACCACACCUUACUGGAGUGGGAAGGAGCCCCGAUGCGUGGCAUCCUGUGGGGGGAUGAUGAAAAAUGCCACCUAUGGUCGUAUCAUCUCUCCCGGUUUCCCUGGCAACUACAGCAACAAUCUGACGUGCCACUGGGUCCUGGAGGCCCCUGAAGGCCACCGGCUCCACAUUCACUUUGAGAAGGUGGCUCUGGCAGAAGAUGAUGACAGGCUGCUGAUUAAGAAUGGCAACAACAUAGACUCUCCUCCUGUGUACGACUCCUAUGAGGUCGAGUAUUUGCCCAAUGAGGGUGUGCUCAGUACCGGACGUUACCUGUUCAUAGAGUUCACCACGGAUGGGACCGUCACUUCCACUGGUGCAGCGAUCAGAUACGAAGCUUUUGCGAAAGGUGUGUGCUACGAGCCCUUUGUCAAGUACGGCAACUUCAGCGGCAGCGACUCCAGCUACGGCGUGGGUGCAGUGGUUGAGUUCUCGUGUGACCCCGGCUACACGCUGGAGCAAGGCUCCGUCGUGAUCGAGUGCGUUGACGCACAAAACCCACAGUGGAAUGAGACCGAGCCGGCUUGCAGGGCUGUGUGCAGCGGGGAGAUCACAGACUCGGCCGGCGUGGUGCUGUCUCCUAAUUGGCCUGAGGCCUACGACAAAGGGCAGGACUGCAUCUGGGGUAUCCAUGUGGAAGAGGACAAGAGGAUCAUGCUUGACAUCCAAGUUCUCCACAUUGCAAAGAAUGAUGUGCUGACCUUCUACGAUGGUGAUGACCUGACGGCUAACAUCCUGGGCCAAUACAGUGGCACACGGCCACACUUCAAGCUCUACACCUCCAUGGCUGAUGUCACUAUUCAAUUUCAGUCCGAUCCUGCCACCAAUAUCUAUGGAUACAACAACGGCUUUGUGGUCCACUUCUUUGAGGUGGCGAGGAACGACACCUGCUCUGAGCUGCCAGAGAUCACCAACGGCUGGAAGAGCACGUCUCACCCCGACCUCAUCCACGGCACCGUCAUCACCUACCAGUGCUACCCUGGAUAUGAGCUGGUGGGCUCUGAGAUCCUCAUGUGCCAGUGGGACCUCACUUGGAGCGGCGAUGUGCCGAAAUGUCAGGAAGUUCUGACAUGCCAGGACCCGGGAAAUGUGGAGCACAGUCGCAAGGUGAUCGCAGGCAACCGUUUCAUCGUUGGAGCGACGGUGCAGUUUAUCUGUAAUAAAGGCUACAUCCUGUCUGGCAGCAGCCUCCUCACCUGCUUCAACCGAGAUUCAGCAACACCCAAGUGGAACGAGAGGCUGCCCAAGUGUGCCCCUGAAAAGUACGAGCCAUGCAGGAACCCCGGCGCCGCCUCCACCAGUGUGCAGAGCUCUGAAAAGGCCUUUUACCAAGCCGGAGAGAGGCUCAGCUUCUCCUGCCACUCAGGAUACGAGCUGCAGGGUGACGCCACCAUCUACUGCAUCCCCGGACACCCGUCGCAGUGGAAUAGCACUCCACCUGCCUGCAGAGCAUCCUCAACCCAAUAUAUGAACGAACGCAGGCUGGAUGUUGUAAAUAUGGAUUAUAGCAUGGAGGGAACCAAUAUUGCGCUUGCCGUUUUUAUUCCGACCGCAAUCAUCUUGGUGCUUGUUCUCGGGAUUUAUGUCUACUUUGCAAAACUCCAAGGGAAGACCAUCAGGAUGCCAACAUCCUCGCCACCGUAUGACAACAUGACGGAAGAGUCGGCUUUCGACAACCCCAUAUACGAGAGCGGACACUGGCAGUCUCAUUCUAGAUACUAACUGUCUGUACUGCUGACGAACUAUGAGGACAAAUGAAAAAGAUUAAGAGGUGUCUGUUUAGAGACCUUUAAAGCAAGAAUUGCUAAAGCUUUGCCUUUUGGGACCCUCUCUGCACUGCUCAUCGUUUCCCUCCGACCUUUUUUGUUCCCAAUUGAUUUUUUUCCAUUUUCCCUUUGUGUGGAUUACUGUAAAUAUGUCUCUCUGUCCACGGUCAAAAUCUGUGAAUCUGUCGCUCACCAUGGUGAUAUUUUUAUAAAGUAAAAUGGUGAUGACCGUUGGUGAUUGUAUUGUUUCUAAGUACUUUUUGUUUGAUGCCCUAAUCCAGUAGCAAAUAGAGACUGAGGGAAACCGUGCUUUGAUUGUCGAGAUCUGUUGGAUACACUCUUUGGAAAUUUUCCAUCAUAACAAUUUUUUUGUGUGUAAAGUAUGGGUCUGCUCUUUGUAAAUAAACUGCCUGUCCAAUAAGAGUGCCUCGCGACUGACUAUAACCUGAGAAUUCAUCAUGUGAACAUGUUUGUAAAACUGAAUCUCUUGUUUAUCUAUUAUUUGCGAUAUUAUUAGCACUCCACCCUGCGUUGAGGCUUUUCCGUCAUACACUUUCUCUUCUAAAAAGAAAAACAAAUGACGUUGGGUAUACUUUCCUUCGAGCUGAUGUGUGGUUCCAACUGCAUCAGAGGAUUUCUCACAUACUCUUAACGCAUAGUUUUUGUGUGGGACUCAUCAGAUAAACAUCAUUGUGUUCCUAUGUUGCCCUGUAAAGUCUGCCUCAAAGGAUAAAUAGUGAUUUGAUCAUUUGUAUAUGUUCCAAAAUGCGCCUCAGCGUCAUCAGACCCCGAGAUAAAAUCCCAGUGAUUACUUAAAGCAUCUAGAUGAUUUACAAUACGAACUGAUGCAGGCAGUUGAGUGCAUCAGAUUGAUUCCUGUGUUGCAAUUACAUUUUUUUGUGUGCAAAAUUAAUCAUUAUGUAACAGAUGGGUCUUUACCUGCGGUCUCAAUUGUCCAUAUGCUUGAGUUAAAUCUGUAUAUCCUUUAUACUCAAACUAAUAUUUUUCCGCAUCACAGCUGGCGAUGCCACACCCAGGAAACCAAAUCACCUUCAAAUAUCUAUAAUCCUCUGAUUGAUAAUAAAAUAAAGUGUUGUUA